UCUCUCUCUCUCUCUCUCUCCUCCUCCGUGCAGCCGAAAAACAAGGGCAUCCAUCGGCGUCUCAACCUUCCUCACACCUCCUCAUCCUCAGUCCAACACACACACACACAGACAGACCUGACAUCUCCUCAUCUGAGCUCCAUCUCUGUGUGCGUGUCGGUGUGCGAGCGUGUGUCCUUCCUCCUCCACCUGGAAGUGUUGGGUUUGUUUUCGGCCAGCGACUGGGGGGGAAAACUGCCGUGUCGAGCCGAGCCGAGCCGAGCCGAGCGGCAGGGGCGUGAGAGGCGGAUGCUGCGCGCGUAGAGGCUGGGUACCAACCAGGAGCAUCACCGCACUCACCACGAUGGACAGAAUGAGUAUUCUCUCCUUUCUACUCCUUUGCUUGACUUCGGUUGCCAAUGGCAACAAAGCCAAUAAGCACAAGCCAUGGAUCGAGACAGAGUACCAGGGGAUUGUGAUGGAGAACGACAACACCGUGCUGCUCAAUCCCCCUCUCUUUGCCCUGGACAAAGAUGCUCCACUUCACUAUGCUGGUGAAAUCUGUGGCUUCCGGGUCCACAAUGGUCCCUCUGGUUCGGGGUCUGUCCAGUUUGAAGCUGUGGUCCUGGACCGCUCCACCGGCGAGGGCCUGGUCCGCUCCAAGGAGCCGCUGGACUGCGAGAGCCAGCGCGAGCACAGCUUCACCAUCCAGGCCUACGACUGUGGCGAGGGACCUGAUGGAGUCAACAGCAAGAAAUCCCACAAGGCCACCGUGCACGUCCGUGUUAAUGACGUCAAUGAGUUCUCCCCCGUGUUUGUCGAGCGUCGCUACGAGGCGUCCGUCCCAGAGGGGCGUCUGUUUGAUCGAAUCGUGCGCGUGGAGGCCCUGGAUGCCGACUGCUCCCCGCAGUACAGCCAGAUUUGCUUCUAUGACAUCAUCACUCCCAAUGUGCCCUUCGCCAUUGACAACGACGGUAACAUUAAGAACACUGAGCCGUUGGAUUCCAAGCAUCAGCGUGUUCACACCUUCUGGGUGACCGCCUUCGACUGCGGAAAGAACCGCGCCCAGGCCGACGCUCAGGUCGUCGUCACGGUUAAACCGUCCUGCAAACCGGGGUGGAUUGGAUGGACCAAGCGUGUCGAAUACACACCCGGGUCAGGUAGCAUCCCCCUGUUUCCCAGUUUGCAUUUGGAGACGUGCCAGGAGACCGUGUGGAACAUCCAGGCCACCGUAGAGCUCCAGACCGGCCACAUCGGGAAGGGCUGUGACAGAGACAGCUACUCGGACAGAUCCGUGCGCAGACUGUGUGGUGCCGUCAGAGGUGAAGUCGACCUCCUCCCGCCUCCAUCUCCUGCUGCCAACUGGACCUCAGCUCUGCCCACUCUCCCCUCCUCUGAUUCGUCACUGGUCUUCUCCUUCAACGGAUCCAACCAUGUUGCCGUGGUGCCGGAUUCGGUUGUCUCCGCGUUGUCAGGCGACCACUUCACCCUGCAGCUGUGGAUGCGAAGGGGCGGCGCCAACAUCCAGCCCUCGACCACUCAGACCAGAGGAAGUCGCAAAGAUGAGGAGACCAUCGUGUGCAGCACUGUCAAGAAUGACGACUCCUUCUCCCACUACUCCCUCUCCGUCCACGGCUGUCGCCUCUCUCUCUUCUACUGGCCCGACGUCUCGGCUGCACGGCCCGUCAAGUUCUUGUGGAAACUGGAGCAGGUGUGCGACAGCGAGUGGCAUCACCUUUCGCUCAGCGUCCAGUUCCCCUCUGUGACCCUGUACGUGGACGGCGUGACCUUCGACCCCGCUCUCAUCCAUGACAAUGGUGCCAUCCCCAACCCCGCCCCCCACCAGAGGAUGUUCAUCGGCGCUUGUUGGGAGCUUGAGGAGAAGCAGAAGGAGAUACUGAACAACACCAUCCCAGAGGGGAAAGACUCAGUGAAGUAUGUGGGCGGUUACCACGGCCUGUUGUCGGGGGUGACGGUGCGUCCUGGCAGCGUGGAGCCUCACAGCGUGGUGGAGUGUCUGUACGCCUGCAGGGAGGGGCUGGACUUCGGAGACCUGGAGACUCUGGGGUCUGGCAUGAAGGUUCAUGUGAACCCCAGUCAGUCGGUGUUGGUGCUGGAAGGAGACGACAUCGAGAGCUUUAACCGCGCCGUGCAGCAGGUCACCUACAGAAACUCUCUCCGCUUCGCCACCCCUGGAGUCCGACCCCUCAAACUGAGCACCUCACUCAGAUGUUUCAACGAGGAGAGCUGCCUGUCGCUCAAACAGCUGGAGGGAUACCUGGUGGUUCUCCAGCCUGACGCCCCGCAGAUCUCUCUGUCUGGCGUCGGCCCUCAUCUGGCUCGUCCUGCCCCUGAGUUCGAGGCCCCCCGCGGUGUCCCACUGUUCCCAGAGCUCCGCAUCGUCUGCUCCCUGUCUCACGCUGUCAACACGGCUGCACAGGGGAUGGAGGGUGGAGGUCAGUCAGUCAUGAUACCUCUGAUGUCCGACGCUGUGGCUCACACCUUGGACGGCUGUGAGGUGCAACCACUGGGGGAGGAGCUCAACCCAGAGAGGGAGGAGCUUCUGGUGGACAUGGAUGUGGUGCGAGAGAGGGGACUGGAAAUCAUCAAUACUACAGCUUAUAUUGCCAUCACAGGUGCCGAAUCCAUCUCUGUGUACGAGGACGUCCUUCGCUCGGUCCGCUACCGACUGGCCAAAGGCUCAGCCCGCUUUGAGAGGCGGUUCCGCCUGUCCUGCUCCGAGAUGAAUGGAAGAUACACCAGCAACGAGUUGACUCUGGAGGUGAACUUCCUCCACUCUCUGGACAGUCUGUACCACCCGUCCCACCUGCUGGCCUCCCAGCAGCAGUUUCUUCAUCCAUCCCACCAUGCUGGGGAGUUGAGUGGACACACCCUUCCCAAUCCACACCGCAACUCAGUUGUACCAGGAGCAGCUACCGUCAUCAUAAUGGUGUGCGUGGGUUUCCUGGUUGUCAUGGUGAUCCUGGGCGUUUUCCGAAUUCGCUCCAUCCAUCGCCGUGGUGAAGGCGCCAAGGGGGCUAAGGAGGGUAGCAGCCAAUGGGACGACUCCGCCCUCACCAUCAUCGUCAACCCGAUGGAGUCCUACGAGUCUCGCAUGGGAAUCUGCACUGAGAACGAAGGGGAGGUGGAGGAAGAAGAGGAGGCAGCGGAGUCACCUGACGACGCCAGCGACGACCAGCGAAUCAUCAUCAAGAAAGAGGGGAGAGACGGCACCGCCCGUCGCUACUGAGCCACAAUGUAUAUCUGCACCAGUUCUCAUGGAAACCACAAACCGGCUCACCAGUCACACACACCAAUACUUUUAAUAUCAACGACUGCUGACACCACUAGUAUAAGGAAUGUAUGCUUACAAACACGACGCACAACACAGUCACUGUAAUACUCUUGACACUCAACACCAUAUGUGACCUAUAGCCAACAACAGGCUGUUGUUCUUCACCUAAAUGUUCAAUGGCACAAUGUAUACAGUUAAUGUAAUUUAACCGCCUGAGCAAACCCCACCAAAUUGUACGUGGUGCCCCAGUUCUGAAUCACACGACGGUCAUGUGAUGUAUAGUGGUACACUGGCUGAAUGAGGUUUCUUUGUUUGUUUGUUUGGAAGCAGGAAAAAAAAAAAAGAUUGUAUUCUAUCUUUGCUAUAGAACACAGAAUGAACUCUUUACAAAUCCACAACAUGCAGGCCUUGAAUAGAUCUGUAGACAAAGACACAAGCCUUGAUCCCGACACGUCGCCUCGCUCCCUCGUUAGACUGACUCAAGAAGUCUGUGCACAAGCUCUUCUCUCCCUCUUUUGCAUCCUUGCUCGACACAUUCCUUCACCCACAGAGUGAAGACAGUGAGGUCAGACAUUACGAUCACUCUCCAACUUCAGAAAAUGUGAAAAGAUGAUAUGCUUGCAGGUAUUUUACUUUUAAUAUUGUGACUACUUCAGUGCUCCAGGUCGUAACUAUAUACUUUAUCUGGGGCUGAUGAUAAUAUUUGAGGUAUAUGAACUUAUUAACCUCGCCCUCGGCACAAGUUGGUUCUCCUGCAAUAUUCCAACAACCCUGAAUAGCAUCGUCUUGGUGUUGAGUCCAUGGCGUCGGUGUCAGUACGGUUUCUGGUUUCACUUUGCAAGGUUUCAACUUGUGCCACUAAAUGACUAUGGUGUAACAUGACCUCUGACCCCCCCGUCUCCUAGUGACCACUGGAAUGUCUCUAAAUGACUCACUGAACUGUUUCACUCACUGCACACUGCUCUUUCAAUAACUGCAACACAACACGUGCAAACACACACACACACACACACACAUGCACACACUCCAUAACGCUACCCCGGCUGUCUCCAGAAUGUCAGCUCAGCUUGGGCAGUUUUGAUUGUAUUGAUUGUAAUAAAUUUUUCUGUACAUACAGUGAUGAAUAAUACAAUAUUAUUGUUAUUACUAUUAUUAUUGCAGUCACUCUUUCUGUUCUUCUGCACACUCUGAGAGGGAGCAGAUUAUGAUUGUCUGUUUCUUUUUUCACUUUAUUUGAGUCGUCACCUUUACAGCAUCAGAAAACCGUGUAAUAAUAAUAAUAAUAGUAGUAGUGAUACGGAUGAAAAUCCCUGGCUUGAUGAGUGUCUCUUAAUUUGUGUGUAAUAUUGUUGUAAUUUAAGAAUUUGUCAAUAUCUGAAUCACAAAAAAAGGAGGGCACAUCGUUGUGAUACUUAAAUACGUCUCACUCAUUUUAUCUUUGCCACCUCUGGGUGAUUUUUUUCACAAAACUUUUAAAAAGAAAUUCUAUUUACUUUCCACAUCUGAUAUCUUUUGGUUCAACAAAUGAACAACAUGUGUGCUUCUCCUCACCUCCCCCUCCCCCCUGUGCGUCUCUUGCUGUCUGUCUGUGUAGCCUAUCAAUGUGCAGUGCUAAACCUGUCAGUAAAUAAAGCCUGUUGUUUUUGAGUGUGAUGUUAAGAAGGAAUAAACAUUGCAUCGAUUAAUAACUUAUAUUAUUACUAUGUUACUAUUGGAACAUUACCUGUAAUUAUUGAUACAAUGAUGACAUGGAAUAUGCUGACUAAUUGUUAUUGAGAACUGUCAGAAAACAUUACAAAAUUCAUAAUAAAAACACUAUAUGACGUC